AUGCAAGCUAUGGAGGGAGAGGUAUUGCUCCCAGCUCUCUAUGAGGAGGAAGAGGAAGAGGAGGAGGAAGAGGUAGAAGAAGAAGAAGAAGAACAAGUACAGAAAGGUGGCAGCAUGGGCUCCCUGUCAAUCAGCAAGCACCGGGGCCUGAGCCUCACGGAGACAGAGCUAGAGGAGCUGAGGGCUCAGGUACUCCAACUGGUGGCAGAGCUGGAGGAGACACGGGAACUGGCAGGGCAGCAUGAGGAUGACUCACUGGAAUUACAGGGGCUUUUGGAGGAUGAACGGCUGGCCAGUGCACAGCAGGCAGAGGUGUUCACCAAGCAGAUCCAGCAGCUCCAAGGUGAACUGCGGUCUCUACGGGAGGAGAUUUCCCUGUUAGAGCGUGAGAAAGAAAGGGAACUUAAGGAAAUAGAACGGGAAUUGCAUUUGGCCCACAAUGAGAUCCAGAGUCUGCGACAAGCGGCAGAGUAUUCCGCAGCUGAACAUGACAGUGAUGUAGCAUCCCUGCAGGAGGAUCUCUUCCGGAUGCAGAAGGAACUAGAGGACAUGGAUCGCAUUCGGGGAGGUUAUGAGGUGGAGAUCGCCUCCCUCCGUGCAGAAAUGGAACUGAAGAUCUCUGAACCAUCUGGGGAGAGUUUAAGUCUCUCAGAUUUCUCUGGGUUGCAAGAAGAAUUACAGCAACUGCGAGAACGCUACCAAUUCCUGAAUGAGGAGUACCGGGUCCUACAGGAGAGCAACAGUAGCCUCACAGGGCAGCUUGCAGAUCUGGAGAGUGAGAGGACACGAAGAGCAACAGAGAAGUGGCUGGAGUCCCAAACACUAAGGAGUAUGAUGUCAACAGAGUCUCAGACUUCAGAAAUGGAUUUCCUAGAGCCAGAUCCUGAAAUGUAUUUGUUGCGACAGCAGCUUCUGGGAGCUGAGGAGCAGAUGCGUGACAUGCAGAGCAAGUGUAAGAAACUGUGUUGUGAGUUGCAAGAGCUACAGCUUCAUCGCCAGACCAGCGAGGAGGAGCAGAGGCGGCUGCAGAGGGAGCUCAAGUGCGCCCAGAACGAAGUGCUUCGGUUUCAGACCUCCCACAGUGCUGCCCAGAACGAGGAACUGAAGACCAAACUGUGUAACCUGCAGAAAAAAUACGAUGCUAGCCAGGAUGAGCAGAAUGAGCUCUUGAAGGUGCAGCUACAACUUCAGUCUGAGCUCCGACAGCUCAAAGUCAUAGAGAGCCAAAGUGAGAAGGAGUUACGGUGCCGGCUGCAAAGGAUGCAGCUCCAGUACCAGGACACCAUGUGCGAGAAGGAAAAACUGCUGGAGGUGCAGCGGCAGCUGCAGGACAAGCUGCAGUGCCAUGAGACAGAGCUGCAUUGCCUUAGGAACAUGUUGGUCUCCUUCCAAGAGACCAAAGAGAAGAAUUCAGCGAUGCAUGCCCAGCUUCAGGAGACAAAGCAGCUGUAUAGGAACAGCAAGGACGAGCUGGAGCGGCAGAAGCACAUGUAUGACCAGCUUGAGCAAGACUACCAGCUAAACCAGAUGGAGCUAAAACAGCUCAAGACCUGCCAGUCCUUUCUGGAGGACAAGGGACAAUGUGCUAAUAAGUGUGAUGCACUGCUGUCCAGACUCACAGAACUGCAGGAAAAUUACAAGGCCAGCCAGAAGGAGAUUGGGCAGCUGCAAAUGGAACAGUACGAACUCCUGGAGAAUCAGAAGAGGUUGCAGGAGGAGCAGGGCCAGCUGCAAGAAGAGCUACACAGGCUCAUGUCCCCGCCCAAAUGUGGUCUCGUACAUAAGAGUCAGGAGUUACUUACAAAGUUACAAGACCUAUGUGAACUGCAGCUGCUCUACAAAGGCAUGCAGAAUGAACAGAAGAAACUGGUACAGAACCAAGCAUCUAUACUGAACGAACAAUUAGAGGCACAUGCAGAGCUGCGAUGUUUCAAAGAGUCUCAUUUCUAUGAAGUGUUGGAGAAUCCUGAGGAUUCCAAAAAGGCUAAGUCCUCAAAAUUUGAUCAGAACAAGUCCAAGUCACUCAUGGAGCAGAUGCAGGCUCUGCAGGUGCUGUAUGACACAAGUCAGGCAGAGCAAGAGCUGUUGCAGCAGGAGCAGGGGAAACUCCUAGAGGAGCGGAAGAGGCUGCUGGCAGACUUGCAGCUCUGCAUAGAAGAAAUGCAACUACUCCAAGUCCAUUCCCCAUCUGUAAAAUCGAGCCUUGAGUCCUACAGGAAGAGCUAUGUUAGCAGUUCCCAGAGCACCAACAACGGUCAGAAUUACGGUGGUACUGAUGACAACGAGUGCUAUCACAGGAGUUACACCAGCACCCAGGCCAGCAAUGAGAGCUUUCUCAAGAGCUAUGACAGCAGCGCCAGUGCCAGCGAGGCUUGUGAAAAGAGUUACCGCAGCAGCUGUACCAGCAUUACCUAUAAGAAGAGUUAUGGCAGCACUAGUAGCUCUGACACCUGUCACAAGAGUUAUGUCAGUAGCAGCAUUGAUGAUGAGCCUGCUGAGCUGGAAGACGUAGAGCACUUUGAGGAAAUGGUUGCCAAGGUAUUGACGAAGCUACAGGCAAUGCAGGCCAUGUAUCAGGUAAGCCAGGAGGAGCAAGGCCAGCUGCAAGAGCAGAUGAAGAAGUUACUGGAUAAGCAGAAAGAGCUGAAGGAAGAGAUGGAUGCCUGCGAGAAGGAAUUCAAGGAGUGCAUGGAAUGCCUUGAAAAGCCCCUCCAGAGCGACAAGAAUGAGAUCAGAGAAUUGCAGAGCAAGCUGCGGGAGCUGCAGCUGCAGUACCAGGCUAGCAUGGAUGAACAGGGGCGGCUUCUGGCAGUGCAGGAGCAGUUGGAGGGGCAGCUGCAGUGCUGCCAGGAAGAGCUCCGCCAGCUGAAAGAGAAGAGGCCCUCUGCUUCCAAAGAAGCCCAGGGGAAGAAUGUUAAUAAGAACAUGAACAAGAAUGCCAAUGGAGUUAAAACUAAAAAGGUGACCAAGUCGAGCUUGGACAGUUCUAAGGGCAGCUUUGAGGCUGGAAAGAGCCUGGAAGUGGUGCUGUACUAUAAGGCCAGCCAGAAGGAGCUAGACGAGCUAACAAAAGAGGAGGAAAAGGAGGAAACAAAAGAGAAAACAAAUGCAUCCAGGGAUGAACUAGCUACUGAGCCAACAAAUCUUGGGAAAAGUAAGUCCGUAGAAAAUCCGGAAGAAUAUGCAGAGGUCAAAGACCAGGAAGAUUCAGAAGAAGACAACAAAGAAGAGGACAAGGAUGAUGACUCUUCCCCUGACACUCCUGAAGAAAACCCCCUCAAACUUUCUGAGAGCAAAAAGCCAUCCCCUACCCCCGACCCCCCCAUCUUCUCCUUGCCUCUUGUAGGCCUGGUGGUCAUAUCGGCUUUGCUCUGGUGCUGGUGGGCCGAGACAUCGUCUUAA